GACCAGCUGAGGUUGUCGGGGAACGAGGGGCAAACUGCUGUCAGAGAGCGGCGCUUCAACUCAUACAUAGUAGCUCAUACCAAACGCAGGCUGAAGGAAAUGCAGUCAACUGGUAGGGAGGACGAACAGUAUAGCAGCCGCAACGUCGAUGAGAAGCAGUCGAGCAACUCCAUUCUAACUGAAUGGAUUGGCAUGGGGAGAAGCGGACCUCAGAUCACGGCUAAGCUGCAGCUUUGGGACUGUGUAACGCUGACGAUGGUUGUCAUUUCGCUGCUCUAUCCACCAGCUUACUGUCAGCAGUGUCGCAUCCAGCGCUGUAAUGCCGAGUACGUGGCGUCUACUUCACCUUCAAACGGCCUGCAGGAGGACGCGCCACCCGACGUGGACUACUGCAUCGCGCUACGGGCCUAUGCCCUAUGUACCCGACGGCAGGCCCGGAGCUGCCGAGGUGAUCUGGUUUACCACUCUGCCGUCUUCCGCAUCAAGGAGCUAUUCUCUCAGCACAACUGCUCCAGCGACGGACCCACAUCCUCCGCCAAGCUCCCCAGCACGUCCCGUCCGGUUGUGUCGGAGCUGUGCAACUACGAGAACCGAGUUCUUGCCGCCGGUUCGGGAGGCCAGCAGAAGAAGUAUGCCCACUGUGGAUUAUUCGGAGACCCUCACCUACGGACUUUCCGGGACGAGUUUCAGACCUGCAAGGUGGAAGGGGCAUGGCCUCUGAUCGAUAACCGCUACCUGUCCGUGCAGGUGACCAAUGUGCCCGUCGUUCUCGGCUCCAGCGCCACUGCAACCAGCAAGAUUACAGUCAUCUUCAAGUCAUACCGCGGCUGCACAGACCAGAAAGUAUACCAGGCCACUACGGAUGACCUGCCAUUGGCCUUUCAGGACGGUACUCGCAGCGGCGGCGAGAGCGGCAGCCUGACCAUCACGGAGCGCGGCGGCUCCGGAGCGGGGCGUCAGGUGAAGAUCCAGGCGCGUUACAUCGGCACAUCUAUAAUCGUGCGCCGCGUGGGCAGCUACCUGACCUUCGCCAUCCGAAUGCCCGAGGACACGCUGGACUUUUCCGAGGACAAUGGCGGCCUACAGCUCUGCCUGCAUGGCUGCCCGCGCAAUGAGCUCAUCAAGGAACACACGUUGGGCCGCCAGAGCCAACAGCACCGGCAGCCCGGCGCCGCCACCGAGCUGGGCCCGCUGCGUCCCCCUCACCAGGUCUACACGGUGGAGAGAGCCACGGCCAAGUGUCGAGAGACUCUGCAGGUGGAGGACGUUUACUUCCAGUCCUGUGUGUUCGACUUGCUGACAACGGGAGACCCCGAGUUCUCCAUGGCAGCAUACGGCGCCUUGGAGGAUUUAAAAGCGCUGCCGCCCAGCAAACUCAAGCAGAACUCCCCGAGGAGUCCGCGUCUUUACAACCGAGGGGUAUCACAAACAGUGGCAGUCAACGGCCCAGCUUCUGUUCUCACACUCCUCCUACUCAUUGUGCUGCUUUUGUAAAACAAAAAAAAUAUAUAAACGUGUGUGUACUGUGUAUGUAAUAUGUUAGAUGAAAAAGACAGGUGGAAGAAUCACCAGCUUGAGGAAAGAGUGACAAGACCAUCGACUUGGAAUCUGGGACUGUUGUUUUAGUUUACAAUCUGCCAAAUUGGAUUCACGCAUGACAAUAUCCUGUUUUGUCAUUUGGCUUUUGUUUUUGUUAUAAGCCGUUUGUUUUUGUACAUAUAAAUAUUUCACUCCAUCUUUGUCAUACUGCGCACACUCCGCCAUGCAGUGUCUCCAGUCAUAGCAACAGCACUUACAGUGACAGUAUCAACAGCAUGUUUUGUGUAUUUAAAUAUGAUUGCACAGUGCGGCAUGCUAAAUACACAAGCUCCAACAACUGUAUGUAAAAACUACCUAUCCACUGUACAGUCUAUACACGUGAGGUACUUGGUCAAUUCUGUGAACUGCUCCAUCUUCAAGCUGUUUGGCUUCCAGUUCGAAAGGUUAAGGGGGUUGGGGGGGAAAAAAAUCUAUAUAAUAAUAUAUAAAAGAGUGUAUAUAUGUGUUUCAUAUUGUGUACAUUGGCUGUAUAGUUGUUUAACUGUAAUAUGUGUUACGUUUGUUGUGUUUGUAGGCUAUUUUAGAAAAUAAACUAAUGUGUUGUUCCCUAUGUAAUUUUAUAUAUUAAAGUGUUGGACAC